UCCUGGGAGGUCUACAUGGUCCCCCACUUCAUCUGUGGUACUGGCAUCCUUUGUGGCUACAUAUCAUCUAAAACUUCUUUUUCUGCUCCUGUUUUAGAUCUGUACCAGAUUACCAUGGCUUAUGCUUACUGGAAGUCUGGUAAGAAGAAGGAUGUUGCAGUCUUUGAUUUAUUCUUCCGGCAAAAUCCGUUUCAAGGCGAGUUUACCAUCUUUGCCGGUCUGGAAGAAUGCUUGAAAUUCCUGGAAAAUUUCCAUUACUCUGAAAGUGACAUUACAUACCUCAAGGAAACCCUGCCUUCUAGCAUUGAGUCAGAGUUCUUUGACUACCUCAAGAAUCUGACAGCCAAGGAUGUAACUGUACAUGCCAUUGAGGAGGGAUCUGUGGUAUUCCCACGAGUACCUCUAUUGCGGGUUGAAGGACCUCUAAUUAUUGUCCAGCUUUUAGAAACUACUCUUCUUACUUUAAUUAAUUUUGCAAGCCUUAUGGCAACAAAUGCUGCUCGAUAUAGAAUAGCAGCUGGUAAACAGGUUUCGCUUCUAGAGUUUGGCUUACGUAGAGCACAAGGGCCAGAUGGUGGACUCUCUGCUUCUCGGUAUGCUUAUGUUGGUGGAUUUGAUGGCACCAGCAAUGUGCUGGCUGGAAAACUGUUUAACAUACCCGUCAGAGGAACACAUGCACAUUCCUACAUAACUUCAUUCACUGGUACUCAUGAUCUUCAUACUAAGACACUGCGCCAUCGAGUGGAUGGGGAAGAACAUGACAUGUUAGACCUAUGUCAGAAGUGGAGGAAGGAGCUUGCCACGCAUCUAGAAACUUUGACAGAAGAGGCCAGCGAUGGGGAGCUGGCUGCGCUCAUAGCUUUUGCUAUAGCAUUCCCUGAUGGUUUCAUGGUGCUAGUGGAUACGUACGAUGUCAAGAGUGGCUCUGACGUUAAAUCUAAUGGUGGUUCGACUAAAUUUCAUGGGUCACGCAAUUCUGAGCAGCACAUGCAUUGGCCGCUCCAGAGGAGUGGUCUCUUAAAUUUCUGUGCAGUAGCAAUGGCUCUAAACAAUUUGGGUUACAAGGCUGUUGGAAUAAGGAUUGACAGUGGUGAUUUAGCUUAUCUGUCAAAUAGAGCAAGAGAAACCUUCACUCUAGUCGCUGACAAGUAUGACUUGCCCUGGUUUGCCAAACUAACCAUUGUUGCUUCUAAUGACAUCAAUGAAGAAACAAUUUUGAGCUUGAAUGAGCAAGGUCAUAAGAUCGACUGCUUUGGCAUUGGAACUCAUCUAGUUACUUGUCAGCGUCAGCCAGCCCUAGGUUGUGUUUACAAAAUGGUUGAGAUAAACGGUCAGCCUCGUAUUAAGUUGAGUCAAGAGGUUGCUAAAGUAACAAUGCCAGGUUGUAAAAGUGCCUACCGACUUUAUGGAGCAAAUGGACAUGCGUUAAUUGAUCUCCUGCAAAGAUCUGUUGAAAACCCUCCUCAAGUUGGUGAGAAAGUGUUGUGUCGACAUCCAUUUGAAGAAUCCAAACGGGCAUAUGUGAUUCCUACACAUGUUGAGGAGCUGUACAAGGUAUAUUGGAAAGAUGGAAAAAUCGUUCAGAAUCAGCCAACUUUAGAAGGAAUCCGGGAGAGGGUUCAGACCUCAUUGAGAACGUUACGACAGGAUCAUAAGCGUAACCUGAAUCCUACUCCUUACAAGGUCGCAGUGAGUGAUGAGUUGUACAAUUUCAUUCAUGAUUUAUGGCUUCAAAACGCACCAAUUGGUGAGCUUUUCUGAGAUUAGUUGUUGCCCAACAGGGCAACACACAUUUGUUUCUUCAAAACCAUCCAUGUACUGGCUUCAGACUAUUGACUUUGUUUUUAAAACUCCAUGUUCUAAGAUUUUUAUCAAUUCUCGGUGUUGGGAACAUGUUCUUCUGAAACCUAUCCAAAAUUAAGCUGUUAAAGCUGUUAUAAAGUCUAUAUUGAGAAUGCAUGUUAAACGCAUGUUCAAUCAACAAACAUGUACUUAUUCCUAGAGGUGCUCGCACCAGAUUUGACUUCGUCUUAUUUUUCAUGUCCUGAAUGUGACUCGUCUAUUUCUCUCACAUUCCUAGUUUUUGGAGGGAAUGGUCAUGAUCCUUUAGUAGACCUACUAAAAUCAGUGGCAGUGGCUAGCUAGUACUUACCUUGAUGUCCCUCCCUAAUCGUUAACUAGGAGCUGUAAACUUUUUACAUUUUUUGUUUUUAGUUGGAAGUACUGUAUUCCCGUUAGAGGGGUACAAUUACUCUUUUAGCAUUGAUGCAUAAUAAUGCUACGUUUCAGUGCUACUAAAACUUUUCUUAAGGACCUAUCUGUCUUGUUUUUACGGGUGCUGGCUUCAGCAUUGUUAAAACCUCUGCAAGGUAACAUACCUCAAAUGCAUGCAUAAACAAAACACAACAGCUUUUGUGCUUACAAUCUUCUCUGCCAGUUUACUUAUUACAUGUUUAACUGUAUUUUAAGAGAUAUGUUGCUUUACAUUUUAAGACUGUCUUUCAGAGUACGCACAAAUAAUAUUUUUGUCGUUGGAUUUCAUGAUUUUAAAGGUGCUGGCAGUGCUUUUGUGAACACAGUUAUUGCAUCUUUUUACAAAGAAUUUCAGAACUGAUCAGGUAUCUGAAGAGGUGUACACAGGUAUCUAGUCAAUGCACAAUAAUUUUAUUUUGGCUGUCUUUUCAUUGGCAUUUCUGUUCCAUUCGAAAUUACAACCUCAGAUUGUUUUUUUUACUGACCAUUUUUUAAAUGCAUCUAUUCAAUCACAUUCCACUGUGUUAAAUUGAAUCCUUUUUAGACAAUUUUCAUUUAUUACUCAUUCAAGCAAAGCUCAACCACAGCUUGUCUUUUUACUUAAGCAUUUGCAGUAGUAACGUUCAGUGUUUUCAAUGAACAAAUGAAGCAGUGCCCAUGCCUCCUCAUAAUUUCACCCUUUCCCCAAUUUUUCUUUUCAAUUGGUUGGGUUUUCCAUUCUUACCACUUUUAUGAUCUCUCAUGAUACGUACUGUAUUUUAAAAUCAUGGCAAUAUGUGUUACCAAGAGCAACUAAUGUUCAAAGACAGAUAUUAAGUAUCUAUGUUAUCAGUUUGAUUCGCCCAGAAACAUUACUUAUUGUCCACAACCUGUUCAAUUCAUUCCUUUAUUUUGUAAAUUGGAAUCAAUUGAGAUUUUGGAAAACCUUACUAGUCCUACUCAUGUUUUAGCUGCAAUCUAGCUGUGUGUCCAUCACUGUUACAUUUAAUUGUUUAAAGUGAAAGUAUUCAUGUUUUAAUUUUCUAAAUUUGCCAUCAAACUGUGAUGUGAGAUGUAGCGGAACAACUAUGUAUCUAGUCUUUCACUUCAUAAUAUUCGGUUUUGAUGUUUUUUUACACUUACUUGCUGUAAAGGUAUGAUAGUUCUGCUAUGAUUUCUUAGUUUUUUGACAAGUCUUACUGUUUGUUUCGUGUUGACUAUAAAGAAAAUAAUUGUAUUUGAUAAAGAACCAAAAGAAAUGUCUAGUAAAGGCAACUUUUUGUCAUGGAAUAUUUUAUACCACCUCUUGUUCAUGCUCAUCAUAAGGUUGUUACACAUUAGAAGUCAGAUCUUAAUAGAGUUUAGUUAUAUUAAAAGGAUUUUGUCCAGAAUAUUUUGAAAAUAAAUUUUUAACUCAAAUUUUUGAUUGAUUCAAAAAAUUUAUAAAGAAUAAAAAUAGGAAAAGAAUCAAAUUUUUGUUAUAGCAGUGUUACAAUUUUAUCUCUUGUUACGAGAGAAAUGAGUCAAGUAUUUCUUAAUUGCUCUCUGGCUGGCCAAGAAACACCGAGAAGUGUCUCUCUGUAUUGCUUAAUUGUGUAUUUUACGGCGAAUAUCCGGUGGGCGUUGAAUCCCGACAUUCGCCUGGAUAAAGUCCGGAGUCACCGGACUCUUCCGGCGAAUGUUGUGAAAGAGCUGGUAGAAUAUGUUUCCACAUUCGCCGAGGGGCCUUUGGCGAAUGUAGUACCGUUUUAGGAUUAUCUGUUGAGAGUGCAUUUAGGGAUUGAUUGGAAUAUCUGGCAAGUUUUGACAAAUGUUAAGUAUUUUAUUCUUUCUUACGAUUCGUGCAGUUCUCUCAAGAUGGCGAGUGCACACUGUACAUAUUGUGUUUCCCGUACAUUGUCUUGAGGUUUAAUUGGAAUGUUCAUUUUGUCUUAGGUCAUGUUCUCGUACAAAUUAGAAAUGAAGUUCAAAAGAUUAGAGCUAGAGCAAUAUCUAAUACUCAGUGCCCAUGGUUCUUUCUUGCCAUAUGGACCACAUAAGUAUACAAUGUAAGUGACAUUUAGUGUACAAAUUAUCUAUAGACAGAAUAUAUAUUCAGCGAUAAUGUCCAUGUUCUCCACCAAAUGACGGUGAUAGUAUUGUCAUUCCUAGCCAUGUUCCAUUUAUAUGGAACUCACAGUUUAACUUACGACCAGUGUCUGCAAAAAAGCUUCCCACUUUUGAGAACAGCCAUUUAGUUGAUUCCAUAUCAAGUUAUUUACCAAAAACAUAACUGGCAUAAAUUUUGAAUUUUUCAACAAACUUGUUUGAAAAUUUGUAAUAUAGAUUUGGUCUGGUUAUGUAUGUGGAACUAUCAAAUGUUCAAGUGUACUUCACGUAAUAUUCAAUGUUAGUACAUUGAAUUUUUUGUAAAAAUUAAGUAAUAGAUGAAUACUUUGUAGGCACUGUAAUAUACAUACAAGUGUGAUUAAAGUACAGUAUUUUAGGAA